AUGUUAAAAGUCGGAGAAAGAAAAAAGAAAAAGAUUGUUACUGGAACAGUUGGAGUUGGAGUACUAGUUAUACUCACCUACAUAACACUUAACAUACUGGUUGAGUCAAAACCACCACCACCUAGCGAAUCUGAGCCUUUUGAUUAUGUGCUGUCACCUGUAGAUUCUUUAGAACUUAAGAAUAUGAAAGUUCAACAAUCUCAAAAUAUAGAAAUCAAAGGAGAAAUGUUGCCAAGGAUUAGACCCUUUGAAUGUGUCAGGCGCUCGCUCAGAGAUAAUCAGACAACUUUUAUAAUGUGCAUUAAACCUUUAGAAACAGAUUUUACAAUUUCAGGAGACAUUUAUUAUGAAGGUUAUUAUGAGAAAGAUGAGCUGAGAAUGACUCUAAAUCUUCUAGCUAAAUAUCCAGAUGCUACUUUUCUAGAUAUUGGAUCAAAUAUUGGAAUGUUCAGUGUUACAGUAGCUGCAGCAAACUACAGUGUGAUUGCAGUGGAUCCAUUUAAAACUAAUUUAGCCUACACAAGACUAAGUACAAUGCUGCAAGGUACUGAAAACAACGUGAGGUACAUACCCCACACAAUCAGUGAUUCAAAACAUACGCUCUACCCUUGGACUCCAAUCAAAACCAAUGAAGGUGGAACUCCGUUUCUAACAGAAGAAGUAGCCAAAACCAAACCAAAAGAUGAGAUAGGAGAAGGGGUUGAUUCAAUAACCUUCCUUGAACUCCUUGAUGUUGUAUUUACUGACACAGUAAUAAUUAAAAUGGACAUUGAAGGAUCAGAGUGUAAUGCCUUGGUCCCAUUUCUAGAGAAUAAUCCGAAGACGAAGAUUAUUCCUUAUAUAUUAAUGGAAUGGGUUGUGAGUUCCUGGAAUGUUACAGGUCUUUGUAAAGACAUUCAGCGUUUAAUUCAGGGAUUUACAGCCAACGGAUACUUUCCAGUCAACGCUACUUCUGGAAAAGAAUUGGAGUUGAACACAGAGAAGCAAUGGUAUAACGUUCUUUGGGUUCAUCAAAACGCUGAAAGAUUUUCUUUAAAUCUUUAAAACUACUGCUACUGCUUCUUUGAUGUUGAUAUUUUACUGGAGAUCAGGAGUGCGCGUAACAAGGAUAUGUUUAUCUAUAUAAUAAAGCUUUUUGCUAAAGUUUAUAUAUUUGUAUAUAUGUCAGCUAUAUCUUGACCAAAUUGGGCUGAAAUUUUUGAAGGGAAUCGAUUUUUUUUCAAAAUUGGAAAUUUUUUCCCACGGGCUACGCUGGUCAGCUUGUUAACUAAAAUACUAAAAUGGGAGUAAAUCAAAUUUAAUUUCAAAACAAAGAUAAAGAUGGACAAAAUAAAUACAACAUAUUAAAAUUGACUUUACUUAUGGCAACCACAGUCCAUUAAGACUCAAACAAAUUACUAAAUAAAAUUGUGAUAAAUCGACAAGAAUAUAUAUAUUAAUUAUCUUUAAAUUAACCUCAAUAAAUCAA